AUGAGAAAAUCUACCCUAGUCUUACUUUUCGCAGUUUUCGCUAUCUUCAUGAUCUCCUUCACUGAGGCCUCAAUGAUCAAGGCAAAGACCCAAGCUAAAGCUAUGGACAGCAAGCUUCAAGCCAAGAGAGAUAAGAUCAGAGCUGCUCAAGAGCAAUUGAAAUCCUUCGCAUCCAGAGAAGAAGCCAAAGCCUUCGCUAAGAACGCAGUUGAACAAUAACACACAGAGAAAGCUGCUGCCAGAGCUGCCGCCAAAGAGGGACAAAAACAAUGA